CCGCCCUUCUCCACAACCUGGGUGACGUGCUCGAAGAGCAGGCGGCUCAGGCAGAAGAGAGCCCUGUCAGAAAGGAAGCUGACGCACUAUUUUGUGGAUCAUCGGAAAGUUCGUGUGAUUGGAGGACAAGGAGGAGGAGGGGGUCAUUCUUUUCAUAGUGAACCUAGAAAACAAUUCGGAGGUCCUGAUGGUGGAAAUGGGGGUGAUGGGGGUCAUGUCAUUUUCAAAGCUGACCAACAAAUCAAAUCACUUUCUUCAAUCCUCCCCUUCUAUCAAGGUUUUCAUGGACAGAGAGGAGGAAGCAAAAACUGUUACGGAGCCAAUGGUGCAUAUAUGUAUGUUAAAGUCCCAGUAGGUACAUUGGUUAAGGAGGAUGGGACAAUUGUGGCUGACCUUACUCGGCAUGGUGAAGAGUAUGUUGCAGCUUAUGGGGGAGCUGGAGGAAAAGGUAAUCGCUUUUUUCUUUCCAAUGACAACCGAGCGCCAACAUUAUUUACUCCAGGAGAGCCAGGUCAGGAAAGAGUCCUCCACUUGGAACUCAAGACAACAGCUCAUGCAGGAUUGGUGGGUUUUCCUAAUACCGGGAAAUCAUCACUUUUGAGAGCAAUCUCCAAUGCAAAGCCAGCAGUGGCUGCCUACCCAUUCACGACCCUAAAUCCCCAUGUUGGCAUUGUUCACUAUCAAGACUAUGAGCAAGUAGCAGUUGCUGAUAUUCCUGGCCUAAUAAGAGGUGCUCAUCAAAACAGGGGCCUCGGGAUGGCCUUCCUACGGCAUAUUGAACGCUGCCGUUUUCUCUUAUAUGUGGUGGAUCUCUCUGUGUCUCAGCCGUGGAUUCAGCUACAAGACUUAAAACAUGAACUGGAACAAUAUAAAAAAGGAUUGUCCAAGAGGCCUUGUGUUGUUAUUGGCAAUAAGAUUGACCUUGCUCAGUCCAGGAUUAAUUUGCAACUCCUUAAAGAACAAAUAGAUGACCGGGUCAUUGCAUUGUCUGCACUGACGGGAAGCAACCUAGAGGAAUUGUUGUUUCAUUUGAGAGAACUGUAUGACAGUUAUGUGAAGACAGAACAAUCACGAGGGCAAAGCUCAGUCGAGUGUGCGUGAGGCACACCAUCAGGAUUUGCUCCGGACUGCUGUGUCGGAAAGCUGUUUUGUUUUGUCUCCUGUUGUUGCAAAAAGCCUGAGAGACUUCAAAAUAUGAAAGUUGUAAUCAUGAUGGAUAUUGAAUUGGAAACUGGCAACCUGGAUCCUCUGUGGCAUUAGACAGUUACCUGUGGAAUGAAUAGAAUGGUAUUUGGUGGAACUGAAUGAAAUUCAGGAUCUGCAGGCGAUGUUGGCUUGCUUUUCUGAAUUGGAAAGAAGUGACUUCUCAAUUUUCAUUAAUCAAAAAUUCUAAAAUAAAAUAAGCUGAUCUUG